AUGUCGACAGAGGCGUUGAACCAAGAAAUUGCGCAGCAGAAGAGUCUGCUGAACGACUUGCGCAAGCAGCAGGCGGAUGUUGCCAUCAUCGAGGAGGCAAAGAAGAAGCUGGGGGACUUGCAGCGGUCGCUGGCGCUACUGCAAAACGCUGCCGGCGCGAAGGAAGGCGCGAAGAAGAGGGAGCGGCUGCUCUUGAAAACAGCCAAGGGCACACGCGACUAUGGCCCAAGCGAAAUGUUCUGCCGCGAGCACAUUGAGCGCACGGUCAAGGACUGCUUUACCACGUACGGCGGAGGUUGCCUUGACACGCCCGUUUUCGAGCGGAAAGACAUCCUCGCGGGGAAGUACGGCGAGGAUGCUAAGCUCAUUUUUGAUCUCAUGGACCAAGGUGGAGAGCAGCUCGCACUGCGCUACGAUCAUACCGUCCCCCUUGCGCGGUACCUUGCCAUGAACGGCGCCAUUAACUCGCAGGCGAAGCUAUGGCAGGUUGGCAAGGUGUACCGGCGAGACAACCCUGUCAUGUCCAAGGGGCGCAUGCGGGAAUUCUCUCAAGCCGACUUCGACAUUGCCGGUGUUUGGGAUCCCAUGAUUCCAGAUGCAGAGCUCAUCAGCUUGCUGUGCACGAUAUUGACUCGACUGGACGUCGGGGAGUUCCUUGUAAAGAUCAACCACAGAAAGAUCCUCGAUGGUAUCUUCGAAGUGUGCGGUGUAUCCCCAGAGAAGAUCCGGACUAUUUCUUCUGCGGUGGACAAGCUGGACAAGCUGCCUUGGCUGGAUGUCAAGAAGGAAAUGACGGAGGAGAAAGGCCUCGACCCCGCCGUCGCUGACAAGAUCGGCGAAUAUGUCAAGCACAAAGGCAACGCCAAGAAUGGCAUUGAGGAGAUGGGCAUGCUGUUCAACUACCUUGGAUCGUACAAGGUGGUCGAGAAGCUCUCUUUCGAUCUUUCUCUGGCCCGCGGUCUAGACUACUACACUGGCAUCAUUUACGAGGCCGUUGUCGAAGCAUCUGCGCCGCCAGGCUUCAAGUCCGCCAACGCCUUCGCCUCGUCGUCCACAGCUUCCUCCGUCUCUGAUGUCGCACCUUCUGCGCCUGCAAGCAAAAAGAAGUCGAAAAAGCCUGCAUCCGGCAACGAGGAUGAAGAAGAGGAGAUUGACGAGUCGCAAGUCGGCGUCGGUUCGAUCGCCGCAGGCGGGCGGUACGACAACCUCGUGGGGAUGUUCACUGCGGCAGCAGCAGGAGAAGGGAAGAAGACCGCAGGGCUGCCUUGCAUUGGCGUUAGCAUCGGGCUGGACAGGGUAUUCGCGCUAGUGUGGCCGAAGUGGGUCGCGAAGGGGAUGCGGAGCAAGGAGACGAUGGUAUACGUCAUGGCGGCGGGCGACGGACUGCUGAAUGAGCGUGUAUCACUCGUACAGGAGCUUAGGGCGGCGGGGAUCAAGACAGACUUUUUAUUCAAGAGCAAACCGAAGCUACCCACGCAAUUCGCGGCCGGUGAACGCGAUGAGGCGCCGUUUGCAGUCAUUCUGGGCGGCGAUGAGCUGAAAGAAGGGCUGGUUACAGUUAAGGAACAAAAAUGGGAGCUUGUGGAAGGGAAGAAGGUGAAGAUUGAGUCGAGCGACAAGGGCAUGAAGGUCAAGCGAGACAACCUCGUGCAGUGGCUCAAGCAGACGUCGACAUUUACCGAGUGGUCGUCCGGAAAGUGGGUACAGAAUUGA